AUGCGCUGGUUCUACCUCAGAUUAUUUGGCCUUUGUGCAACAGUCGGGCUGUUGGUUUUCUGCCAACGCGUCGGCCACUGCGCAGAUGGCGACCAUCGCAGAACUCGAAGUUGUCGGCGGGCUGGAGCUCGAAUCUUGACGCUUCAGCACAAAGACUUCCACGCCGCUCCGCCAUGCAGCAUAGAGGAAUUUGAGACUGUCGUGGGAACCGUCCGAGACCAAGAUGGUCGCAUCCGGCUUGGCAGGCCCCCGACAUUUCGCCUGCCUUCGCACGGAGGUAUGUUAGAAAAAGAGGAAACACGAAUCUCCUUUCAUGGGACGAAUUUCAUGGAGAAGGUGUGGCAGAUGGUGCAUCAGGGAGGGCCAAGUGCCAGGAAAGCAAUUGCUGCAGCUCAAUUUGUAAUGCCCAGAAAGAUAUUGAUACAACUCCUCAGAUGGGUUGUGCUGGAUCGAGAGUUUACUGAAAGGACUUGGUAUGAUACGAUGAAGCAUAUCGUUUGCAUGCCCACCGUGUUAGAGUGGAUUUCAGCGGAAAGGUUUGGUUCAGAAUCCUGCUUGGCGGCCUCUGCUGUUCGAGCUCGGACUGAGGACUGGAAUAACUGGGCAGAUUACAGCCAAGCCUUCGAACGCCUCGCUGCUCCGGACAAGAUUGGUGACACUCACGAAAUAGUGAAAUUUGUCCUUGGAGAUUUGGAUGUGGCAAUCUACACAGAAGUGGACUCCAGAAGUGAUGCAGGUGAAGCGGUAGAGCUGAAAACGGUCCGCCCUCGAAAUCUGAAGGCGUUUCGGACAUCGCGAGCUUUGAACACGUAUUUCGAGCUGUUGUUUUCAAACUGUCAACGUCUUUGCUUGGGUGUCAUCGACAAGGGCAGGCUGACUGAAGUGACAGAGAUGAGUCUCCCCCAGUUACACAACUUGCUGACAGAAGCUGGAGAUGAUCUCGACAUCAUCCUGGGGAGGCUGGCCGCGGCAAUGAAGGUCAUCUACAACACUUGCACGGCAAAGCGAUCACAAGAGCAGAUGGCUGGACCUUACGAGCUUCGCUACCGGGAUGAUGUAUUGAGUCUUUGGGAGCUGGAGGUCGCUUGA